CGCAUGACUCCUGCAAGGGCUCGCGUGUUUUUUUUAAACCGGUGUUGUGUCAGGCCUGGUUAGGUAAACAUGUGGUAAUUGUUUCAAACGAUCUAGCGUCAUUCAUUGAUACUAAAUUCUUAUAAUGGACCUUGUUUCGCAAAUUAUCAAGUUUAAUUCACAGACGUCUGGUAGAGACAAACUUUGCAGGUUUUUCCAGUAUGGUAGUAAGUGUUCAUGGUGGUAUUUACAGAAACUAUCAACAGAUAAAACGUUUACAGAAAAAGCCAAGAAAUUAGAAAACACACUUAGUGCAACCAGAAAAUUACUAAGAUUUGGCAAAAGUUUUGAGAUGGUUCAAGAGGCCUUGACAACUAUCCAUUUGAAUGAUGUAUUUCUCCGUGUUACCAUAACGAUUGCCAAACUCAACACAGCUGUCUAUCUUCUUAUUGACCAUAUCCUGUGGGCAGAAAAAGUGGGACUGUUGGUGCUAUUAAACAAGAAAUACUACAGGGAACUCUCAGCUCAAUUUUGGCUGGUCACUCUUAUCCUCAACUUGUCUCGUGAUUUAUAUGAAAUUUUAGAAUCACUGAAAAAAGCAUCAGGAUAUAACAAGAGCAAAACAGAUAAUAAGUCAUGUAUGCCAAAUGGAAUGGUUGCUAAUGGCGACAUGUUACAGUUACAGCUACUCCACAAGUGUCUUAUAAAUAACCCACCGCUUGCUUUGGAUACUAUGAAAAAUGCUGCCGAUAUUUUGCUUCCACUCUCAAUUCUCGGUUUCAUCAGAAUAUCUCCAGGACAGCAAGGAAUUCUGGGAAUUAUAUCAUCAUUUAUUGGAAUCAUGACUGUUUGGAAUAGUGCCUUGAGACUAAGGCCUUAAAAUCUGCCAACAAUUUAGAAUACAAUUGGUUUUUUUGAUAAGUUUGUCAGGAUAAUAGCAAAUUCUAGACAUUUUAACCAAAAUGUGAAACAGCAAGGGUCAAUUUUUUUUAUUCGUAGAUAAUCAGAUUACCAGUACAUAAAUAUAUGAUUCAUCAACUGAUUUGCAUACCAAAUAUAUCGGCGGCAAUUCUGACCCCUAUGCAAAUACUAUAAUUCGAAGUAUUAAAUUCUAAAAAUAUCUGUGCAAUUUUUAACUCAUUUCAAGCAUUAUUAUUCAGAUUUUAUAAUUUGAUUGAUUACUGUUUUGUGUAUAAUGUGUAAAAGGUUUGUCAUGACUGUAAAACCAUUGAAUGUGUAUAAAACUAUACUUAAAUAUUAAACACUGAGAAGGGGGGUUAAAAGUCCUACAUUUCCUCUGUAAAAAUUAAAAAAAUUGUUUUUAUAUUUAUAGACAUCAAAAAGUACAUUGUAAGAUACUAUAAAUCUUUUUUCAUGAUGACAUUGAGUAAAAUUUUGAAAUAUAUCCUUACCAUAGUAAACAAUGCUACAAAAAAUCCAAUUUUCACUGUAUUUUAUUGAUCAAUUUUCUCCAAACUGAGAU